GAAUUAUAAGCUAUAAGAGAGGAUAACCAACAUAAGCAAUUGACGAGAAAGCAAUGCCUGUGCUUUUGAACAAUUAUCAGAUUGCGACCACCGUCAUACAAGGCGCCAAUCUCCUCAUUUGCUCAGAAUUGAUUCUAUCCAGCCUAACGCAUAACAAGAACAAUAAACUUCAUAUCAGAAUAUGCAAAUUUAUACUGGGAAUAACUAUGCUCGUAAAGACAUGUCUAUUUCUUGCCAUGAAGUCAGGUAUUCAAAACCUUAAAUGUGAUGUAAUAGGCCGAAUUGCCGAUGUUUUAUAUCACACUUCAAUGGUAGCAGGGGCAGUCGUCUUGCUUAGCAGAGUUCAGACCAUUUCUCCGGAGCAUUGGAAGAAGUGGACCAAAUACUUUGCCAUAUUGGUAUUCUUAUUCCGGGUAGCCAUUGGUAUUGCAGAUUCUGCCCAUGUUCAUAUUAGUACAAGAGACAACAACGUCUGUAUUUACGCCGACGAGUUUACUUGGGGAGCAUUGUAUACCUUUCUUGACACAGCAAUUGAUUUGUAUGCCACACUCAUGAUAUCCUUCAUCUUAAUCACACACAUUCGACGCAUUCAUUCAUUACACACUCCUGCAAGCUCUAGCAUUUAUUUUGCCGUUCUUUAUCACAAUGUGGGUCGCACUUUUCUAUUGACAGUCGCCAACCUCAUAUCCGCCAUAUUCAUUCUCUCUCAAAUUGACACCGAUCUCAUAAUAUUCAUCUGGACAGCUACAAAUUUCCUAUUCGUUCUUCUGAUCGGAUUUGACACAGAUGUGACCAGAUCAAUUCGUGUUUUACAGAAAAAAUACACGGAAAUCUCCAAUAAACACAGUAGUGAGGAAAGAGGGUCAUCUUUUUUCAGUCGUGCCAAAAGCUAUAUACCCAGUGGAUCCAAUGAACCCCAGUCGGUCCCUCCAGCCCAUGUAACAAACUCAUACUAUUCUAUUCAUGGCAUCGAAUUGGAAAAUACGAGCAACGAAACUCGAUCCAGAACUCAACAAAACUUUACCAAUACCUAUAUCAGCAAUCGUAAUGAUGAUGACAAAAGCUACACUCCUCCACAGUCUUCUCCUGAAUCAAGAGUCAAUGGCUUACCUUGAUACUUUAUAUAAUUUGUUUUUGUUUUUUGUUUUUUUUUGUAGCCAUAAUCCUACAAAUUUUGCACAUCCAUAGACUAUUUAUAUAUAUAAAUGUAUACUCAUAAUCUAAUACCACUCAUUAUAUUAAAAUAAAUUAAUAUAUAUAUAUAUUGAUAUCUGUUGCU